UUGUCACAUGGCCUCCAUAACAACUCCUUUUCUCCGAUCUCCCUUCAGUUUUGCUAUUCUUCACAAUUUUGCUGGAUUUUCGUCAAUCAGAUCCAAAAUUUCCAGUCAUAUUUCCGGUUUCCACCACUCGCCAGUAAAAAUAAUAAUUAUGGAUGAAACUGCUGUGGUGAUGUUGGAAUGCGAUAUUUGCCAAAAGCCUUGCUGUUCGAGACAGAGUUUGGAGAGUCACGUUAAAACGCACGUGAAGAAGAAAAAAUUAUCUCAAGAGAAUCGUGCUGUCUCGGCCUAUUAUCUAGGGUCUAAUGCCUUUGGGCAAUGUUGUAGAGCUGAAAAUUUAGUUUGCUGGAAACCAGUUCUUUUGUCAGAUGAUAUCAGCCUUUUGUGCUCAAGUUUUGGCAGUAUUGCUUGGUUUGACUCUAAUAAAGAAAAACUUCAAUUUCAAGGAUUCAAGGACAACUUAGGAAAAAAUGAAAUUACAUUAAAUGCACCAAAAGAAAUCUGUUCAGAGCUCUCUUGGGCAUCAAAUACAGUAUAUGGAAUAUCAAGAAAUAAUAUUUUUAAACUCUUACCAGACAACACGUGGAUAGAAGUUGAUUCAAACGUUGUUCAAAGAUUGAAAAGCACUGAAGAAUCCCCAAAAAUAUUAGGGACAAUGGGAAAAUAUAUUUAUUGUUUGACAGAAAAAGGUCGGAUUUGGAAUAUAAUGGGAGAAGACUUGGAAAAAGCAAUGGUUCAAAUACCAGGAACUGUAACUUCAUUUAGUUGUGGGGAAGAGCACUGUGUUGCUGCUACACAAGAGAGAGAAGUUUUUUCGUGGGGAAACUCUCUGAAAGGUCAACUAGGAAGGGGAACAUUACAAGAAGAAGACUUUCCGACAAGAAUACCAGCUCUUGGAGGUCUUAAAAUUGCACAAGUGGAAUGCGGGAAGUGGCACAAUGUGGUUCUGACAGAAGACGGGGAUUUAUAUGUGUGGGGUUGGAACAAGCACGGGCAGCUGGGAAUACCAUGUCCUGAUUUUGAGAAUCUGGAAACUUUCGAUAUGUCCACAACAGUAUUGGCAGAACCGACACUUUUAGAUUUCCCCAUAGGAGUUCGACAAAUCUCGUGCGGGUCUGCUCACACUCUUCUAUUAGCAGAUGAUUAUACUGUGUGGGGCUGUGGUUUUGCAAAAUUUGGACAGCUUGGUUUCCAAAAUGAUAAAGACAAGAUUGAUGGACUAACCCAAGUCAGUUUGCUCAACGGAAAGGUCAAUAGAGUUCAAGCAAAAUAUUGGAGUAGUGUAUUUUUUGUUGAAAAAUCUUAAUUAAAUUUAAUUAUUAACUAGAGGAUUUUUUAAUGAUUCAA